UUAAACAAUAAGAAGCAAUUUUCAGACAUUUCCAGAAGAACCAGAAGACCUUUUAUUUUAUUACUGUAUUUUUUUUUAGAUGCUAAGAAAAAAACCUGUCGUUGAUACCUGGAAGCAGAUUCAAGAGGCACACAGGCUACUCACAGGAGUGCCUUCCCUACAACUUUUUAGAUACCUCAUUUUUUGAAAAGCAUUCUUUGCGUGCAAGGAAUCGAAGCUGCAUCGAAUAUGAAGACCUGUCAAUCCAGUCAUUUGGAUUCAGGCACAGAAUCAGACCUACAGUGCAGAAGUGGGCCAGGCUGCGUGGUGAAGUGCAGCUCAGAAAGGAUGGAGAAUGCUGCCAAGAGAAGACUGGCUGCCAAUGCCAGGGAGAGGAGACGGAUGCAGGGGCUGAACACGGCCUUCGACCGGUUGAGAAAGGUGGUGCCACAGUGGGGUCAGGAUAAGAAGCUGUCCAAGUAUGAGACCCUGCAGAUGGCUUUGAGUUAUAUCAUGGCUCUCACUAGAAUACUUGCCGAAGCAGAGAGGUACAGUACUGAGAGAGAAUGGAUUAGCCUUCAGUGUGAACACUUCCAUCCCGAGAGCUACCCCCAUUACACGGGACAGAAGCCGGCAGCGGGCAGCGAUCCUUACGCACAGCGAAUAUUCAGCUAUCCCCCUGAACACUUCCAGAUAGCUGAUUAGAACUCAGUAAGAGCUAAGACUAUGCAACAGGCCAGAUGUGUAAUUUAAUAAUUAGCAAGAGUUAAUCUGCUUGAAUAAGGUAAUAUUGGCAUUAUAAUAGCUCAUC